AUGCCGACGAUACAGAUACGGGAGAUCAUCGCGCAAUGGCUCGAGCAGGCCAGCGCCCGCAUUCGGACACUACCACCAAUUGAGAUACCCCAGUACGCCUGGGCGACGCUUGUGGCAGUCCUAGGAGCUGCCGUGCUCUUGUGGACGUACGCACGCGACGAUGGCCCAAUCAUUCGAUACCGAGUCCCUUCGCCCAAGGCGCCUGAGCCGAAGGAGAUACUAGAGAAUCCCAGCAUCAAGGCGUCCGGCACCACCGCGAUCCAGUGCUACGCCCCGGCGACGGGCCAGUUCCUGGGCUUCAUCAACCCGUCGACGCCGGCGGCGAUCGACCGCGCGGUCGAGCAGGCGGCCGCGGCGCAGAAGAAGUGGGCGGCGACGAGCUUCCGCGAGCGGCGCCGCGUGCUGCGCUCGAUGCUGCAGCACGUGCUCGACAACCAGGAGGAGAUCUGCCGCGUGGCGUGCCUCGACUCGGGCAAGACCAUGGUCGACGCGCAGCUCGGCGAGAUCCUCGUCACCGUCGAGAAGCUGCAGUGGACGCUCGCGCACGGCGAGCGCGCCCUGCGCCCCGACCGCCGCCCGACCAACCUGCUCAUGAUGUACAAGGCCAACACGGUGCACUACGAGCCGCUCGGCGUCGUGGCGGCGCUCGUCUCGUGGAACUACCCCUUUCACAACCUGAUUGGCCCUAUCAUCUCCGCGAUCUUUGCUGGGAAUGGCAUUCUUGUCAAGACGUCCGAGCAGACCGCUUGGAGCGCUACAUACUUCACCAGCAUUGCCCGCGGCGCCCUCAUCGCCCAUGGCCACGAUCCCGCGCUCGUUCAGGCCGUUGUGUGCUGGCCUCAAACGGCCGGCCAUAUUACCUCGCACCCGGGCAUCUCGCACAUCACAUUCAUCGGCUCCCGGCCUGUAGCACACAAGGUCGCGGCAUCCGCGGCCAAGGCUCUGAUUCCGGUGGUAGCAGAGCUGGGUGGCAAGGAUCCUUCGAUCAUUCUUGAUUCGGCGAAGGGAGAUCUGAGCCGCAUCGUCGAAACGCUGCUUCGUGGUACGUUUCAGUCGUCAGGACAGAACUGCAUUGGCAUCGAGCGAAUCAUUGCGUCUCCAAAGAUAUACGAGAAGCUAGUGCCGGUGCUGGAGGAACGCGUCAAGGCUCUACGUCUAGGCCCAGGGGCGGACAUUGGCGCCAUGAUAUCAGAUGCUUCUUUCAGUCAUCUUGAGGGUCUGGUUAACGACGCUGUUGCCCAGGGUGCGCGACUGCUGGCUGGCGGCAAGCGAUUUGUCCACCCGGAUCACCCUAAAGGCUUUUAUUUCUCCCCCACGCUAUUGGUAGACGUCACACCCGAGAUGGAAAUCGCAAAUGAGGAGUGCUUCGGCCCCAUCAUGGUGCUUAUGCGCGCGGCAUCCGGGUCCGCAGAGGACGUUCUCAAAUACGCCAACGCGCCAGACUUUGGACUCGGCUCGUCCGUCUACGGGCGGGACUCAGAUCCGAUUCUGAGGGCUGUUGUCAAGGGGUUGAAGACAGGCAUGGUGGCCGUCAACGACUUUGCUACUACGUACGCGGUGCAGAUGCCCUUCGGAGGUGUGGCUGGCUCUGGCUACGGCCGCUUUGCGGGCGAGGAAGGCCUCAGGGGCUUGUGCAACAUCAAGAGCGUCUGUGAGGACAGAUGGGGCCGGAUGGGCGUGAGAACGUCGAUCCCGCCGGCGAUUAGAUACCCCGUCAAGGACCAGGAGAGGAGCUGGCGCUUCGCGAGGGGUAUUGUUGAAGUUGGUUACGGCAUCACUAACUCGAGGAAGGCGGGCGGCGUCAUGAAUAUCUUGAGGAACAGCUAG